AUUGUGUUUGCUAUAAGAGCAAAGACGUCAAUUUUUAGAAAUAUAAACAAUAUUUCUUAAUUAUUAAAACAUUAAUUACUAUAUUCAAAACAUUAUAUUAAAUUAAUCACAACAAAUAUAUUAUAUAUAAUUGUAUUGAAUGAUAAAUCUAUAUUUACCAAUAAAUAAGCAUUUUAUGUAAUAAAAUGGUUUCAUUGAAUUAUUAAAAGGUUUUAUUUUACGACUUAUAUCCAUGUUAUUUAUUUUAUAGUUAAAUUAAAUUUUUUUUAAUAAAGUUGUAAAUAAUAUAUAAAUUUUCAAAGAUGUUGAAAAAUUUUCUUUUCAUUUUAUUAAAAUUAUUUUUACUAAACGAGUUAGUAAAAUGUAAUAAUACAACGAGCAAUGGGACACUUUGUACAAUAACAUACGCGGAAACACUAUUUAAAGAAUUAUUUGGUAAUUUUAUUUCUCCUCCAUCCAACGAUACUGAAGUUAAAAAAAAAUUCAACAAAGCUAAAGGCAGAUUUCGUGGAAUUUUUCCAGGAACUCUAUGGUGUGGAGCUGGAGAUGUUGCAAAAAGUGAAGAGGAAUUAGGAUAUUUUAAAGCAACUGAUGAUUGUUGUAGAAAUCAUGACAAUUGUCAAAUAAAAAUUUUUCCCGGUACUAUAAGUUAUGGACUUGGUAAUAUCGGUCUCUUUGUAAGGUCACAUUGCACUUGUGACGAAGAAUUUCACGAUUGUUUAAAAAAAGCUCGAUCUCCAAUUUCAUUAAGCAUAGGAAAAACAUAUUUUAAUGUUUUACGACCACAAUGCUUUAAAGAAGAUCAUCCAGCUUCUUGCAAAUUAAAUGAACUAUCACUUUCUGGUGUUAGAUGCUUAGAAUAUGAGGAAGAUAAGACUAAGGAUCGCAUUUGGCAGUGGAGAGAUGCAAAAAUUUUUCCAGCAAUGAAAAAAAAUCCACUAGAAAAUUGGCCUGAUUAUUCAGAAAUCCCUUAAUGGGUACUGCUACAGUGAAGAUUUAAAUAAAAAAAAAAAUUCUCUUUAAAAAAUUACUAUUAUCAAUAAUUUAAUAUAAUUUAUAUUUUAAUUAUUGUACAUAUGGGACGGUCCAUGCCAAAUCAAUAUUAUAUCGUCGACAUUGACCUCUUCGAUUUGGCUCAAAUUUUUUUACUAUUUUUUACCCCCCAAAAAAAAGCUUCAUGAUUUUUUUCAAAUUUUUUCAUCAAGCCGCUUACGAGAUAUGAAUUUUUCAAAAUUGGAGACUUUUUAAUCCUUUUUUAUUUUUGAAUGCUCAUAACUUCCUUAAAAAUGGAUAAAUUAAAAAAAAAAAAAUUUCAAAAUGUGUGUUUUUAACUCAACUUUUCAAAAAUUUCAUGCAAAAAAUUAUAAUUUACUAUAUUAUUUGUAAUUUAAAGGUUAAAACAUUGCUUUUAAAACUGUUUGUAUCUUUCGAUUUUUUUCAAAAAAUUUUCAAAAAAGCAACUUCUUCUUUAAAAAAUUUUAAGCCUAGUCCGAUCGUGGGGAAACAAUUUUUUCAAUAUUUUCAAAAAUUUUAGAAAAUUUUGAAUUUUUUUAAAAUAUCUCCGGUUUUGUUU